AUGGCGGAUUUGUUGAAGCAGAAAUGUCCGAAACCCCGAAAUAUGAGGUUCUCUCCACUAGGUGGAAGACUAACCCUGAACCUGGAUGAUCUAGAGUCAUUACAGACCAGCGCAGCGCUCAGAGUUUCCCGUCUCCCGCUGCUUCAGUCGGCGUUGCAGUCGGUGACGUCAACGUAUUUGGAGGUCAAAGGUCGUUAUCCGCUGCUGGGGCUGAUGGGAGGCAUGGCCGAGGUUGGCGUUCGGAGCAUCUCAUUGGUGGCCAUGAAACAAGCCACGCCCCUCCUGCAGAGCCUGGAGCCUCAGAUUGAAGUGGCGAACAGCUUCGCGCUCGUCGGUCUCGAUCGACUGGAAAAAAACUUUCCGAUCCUCAACCAAUCAACUGACGAGGUGGUGGGUCACCUGAAGGAUGCCGUUGCCAUGACGCUGGACGACGUGCAGCUGUGGUUGGUGGACGGGCUCGAUGGCGCCCUGGAUCAGCUGGAGCGCGUGUCGGAGGCAGCGUGGGCGGGGCUUCGGCUGCUGCAGGCGUCUGAGGUGGGCCGAGCCGCCACGUCGGGAUUGGACGACGUCCUGAGCCGCCUUGAGGACGCCACCGCCCACUUCCUGCCCCUCCCCCCCACACUGCGUGAGUACAGGGGCAUUCUGGGUAACGGAGGUCAAGACUCUGCUGUGGUCACAUGGGCUGGGAACAUUGGGAUUGCUGGGGAGGCUGGGAACGCUGGGGAGGCUGGGAACAUUGGGAAUGCUGGGAUGGCUGGGGUAGCUGGGAACAUUGGGAUUGCUGGGGAGGCUGGGAACGUUUGGAAUGUUGGGAAUCCUGGGGAGGCUGGCAUCAUUGGGAAUGCUGGGGAGGUGUGGAGGCUGGGAACGUUGGGAAUGUUGGGAACGCUGGGGAGGCUGAGAACAUUGAGAAUGCUGGGAUCACUGGGGGAGUGGGAGAUGAGGGUGGAGGAGUACGAGGAUGAGGACGAGGAUGAAGAGCCGAGUCUGUGGACCAGAGUCCGCAGCCUGCUGCUGAGUCUCAGCCUGCAGCUGCAUCAUCGCAUGAUGAAGCUCAGACAGCAGCUGCAGGACGCAGUGAACGCGCUGGGAGACGCAGCUGACCAGGUGGCUCUGGGUCAGGUUCUGGAGCUGCUGGGCGAACUGCUGCAGUACCUGCAGAACCUGCUGGUGGUACUGGUGUACCGAGCAGAGAGCCUGAGGGAGCUGACCCUGGGCAGGGUCAAAGGUCAUGCCCUCAUGCUGGCAGAGCUGCGUCCGGUCCAGCAGGUCCGAGAGCUGCCGGUCCAGAUCCAGCAGAUCCUCCGAGACCUGCAGGAAGUAUCCAAGAUCCUCCUGCAGCUGGUGGUGAACGCCACGCCGCUCUACGACAUGGUGAGUCAGCCGUCUCAACAGGAAGUGGAGGACUUCCUGAACCAGGAGGACUUCCUGUGUGAGUCUUCUCGCCGCCGCUCGUCUAGCAGUCUGUUCCUGAAGGCGAUGGACGGCCGCCCUCGCCGCCGCAGGAGCCUGUACUCCUGCGCCACCCGUGGGCCCCAAAGCCCCAACUCCCCCAACGGUCGCCGCCGCUCCAGCCUGAAGCAGGACCCGGAUGGCGAAGCCCCGCCGCCCCCUUCCGACGGCGCCGCCCUCCGCCGGCCGUCAGCCACCGAGCUGCUGCUGACGCCGCUCAAACAGUUCAUCUCUCAGAGUCAGAAGGCCUUCGAAUACCUGAGCCCCCCCUCGCCCGACGAGCCCCCCAACGCCACGGAGACCAACGCCACGGCAACCAAUGCCACGGAGACCAACGCCACGGCAACCAAUGCCAAGGAGACCAACGACACGGCAACCACCACCGACUGCUAA